AUGCCAGCAGAGAAUUCGUCCCUCGAACUCGACCUCGAACUCGAACUUGAACCACUCUGGACCAAGUCCAAAAAGGGUCACACCAGUCUCAAUUCCAAUCCGAUUCAAUCCAAUCCAAUCCCAAUGUCCAACCAACCCAUCAGUGACAUCGACACCCCCGAUCCAUGGAUGGUCGCCGCCCAUGGCCGGUUUUACUUGACCUUCACGGCCGGCGACCGGGUGGAAAUCUGGAUGUCGUCGAGUGCGAGUGCGAGUGCGACUGCAUGCUCUAGGUCUGGGUCUGGCUUUAGCCCUCACUCCGGCUCCGGCUCUGGCUCUCACUCCGGCUCCGGCUCUGGCUCUCACUCCGGCUCCGGCUCUGGCUCUCACUCCCGCUCUCACUCUGCCAUGGAGGAUUUCCGCGCCUGCGCAAAAAGCGUGAUUUGGAGACCAACUCCAGGCAGUCCGUGGUCCGUCGACAUCUGGGCUCCGGAACUGCACUACCUCGACCGCACGUGGUACGUGUAUUUCUGCGCCGGCCAUCCGGGCCUGGGGAACGCGUCGCAUCGCACGCUGCUGCUGCGGUCGACGAGUCAGGAUCCCAUGCGCGUUGAGGGGUGGUCGUUUCUCGGCCCGCUCGCCGGCCUGUCGGACCAUUGGAAUAUCGAUGCCACAGUAUUUUCGUUGCCGAGUUUAUCUGAGUCUGAGAUUGAGGCGGAGGCGGAGGCGAAUCUGGCCAUGGAUAUACAGCAACACCACCAACAGCAACAACCCCUCCCGCAAAAACAACCCCUACCGCAAAAACAACCCCUACCGCAAAAACAACCCCUACCGCAAAAACAACCCCUACCGCAAAAACCAUACAGACUCUUUUGCUGCUAUUCCGGCUGGCCGCUCGGCGACCACUCAGACACCCAGCAGGACUUGUUCCUCGUCGAGCUGGCCAGCCCUGAACAAGCCAUCGCCUCGACCGUGACGUGCAUCUCACGCGCCCAACUGCCGUGGGAACGGCUGGACGGUGGUCGGCGCGGUAUUAAUGAAGGUCCGACUUGGAUUGAGAUACCGGAGGACAAUGAGAGUGAUAGUGACGGCGACAAUGGCAGCACCAAUGAACACAACAAUGGCCACAAAAAUGAUAAUGAUAAUGGUAAUGAUAGCAACACGAAUGAGAAUGAGAAUGACAAUGGCAAUGGCAAUUCAGGCUCCAACUCCCACUCCCACUCCCACUCCCACUCCCACUCCCACUAUACUCCAGCUCCAGCUCCAGCUCCAGCUCCAGCCUUGUUCAGGUCCAAAUCCAGGUCCAAGUCCAAAUUUGCCUUCCGCGGUAUCAUCUACAGCGCCAACGGCAGCUGGACCAGCGACUACAGGCUCGGCGUUCUCCAGCUGAUUGGGCAGGACCCUCUGGACCCGUCGUGCUGGCGUAAACGGCCCACGCCACUGCUCGAAAGUGAAAGUGACGGUGACGGGGGGAGAGUGAGAGUGAGAGGGAGAGGUGGUCCGUAUGGGCCUGGUCACGCGAGUUUCAUAGUUUCAUCUGCAUACCACUACAGGAAUAGAGUCAACGACACAGACAGAGUCAACGACACAGACAGAGUCAACGACACAGACAGAGUCAACGACACACACAGACCCAGAGUCAAAGACAGACACAAACACAGCCAGCCAAAGACACAGACACAGACACAGACACAGGCACAGACAAAGACACAGACUCAGACACAAACACAGAUCUUCUGCAUCUACCACGCCACCGCGAACCAUGGCCAAGGCUGGACUAAUCGCAAGGCCCGCGUUCUGCGUUUGACACCGGAUGAUUUCCAACCGCAGGCCAAACCGGUGUGUUGUGCCGGGCUCGGGCUUAGGUUUCCAGCAACUACAGCUACAGCUUCAGCUACAGUUCCAGUAUCGCCUACAGCUACAGCUACAGCUACAACGUCUAUUUCUGGUCCAGGCCCGGCACACGCACAGCCACAGCCACAGCCACAAGCACAACGGACCGUCCAGCGAGGUACUACUGCUUCUACUACUGCCCAGCGCCAAAGUCUACUAGACCGAAUCGGUCAUAAAGUGCUCAGAACGCUCCGCGACCUGUAA